AUGUAUUCAAAAGUUACGACAUGUGCUAGUAUAGUGUUCUUAUGCUGGCUUAUUUUUUCAGUAUUAGUGGUGAAUGCGCACGAGGAUAGUGAACAAACUCAGUCCACACCAAAUUGUUUCUUACCGGACUGUAUGAAUAAAUAUCAAAGUUAUUUACAUUUAAAAAGAAUAAAAUGGGAUACUAUUAAAAGAAAUAAAACAAUUAACGCACUUGAAAAAAAAGUAAAAAUAGACUUGAUAAAUAAUGAACUUUUGCAAGCGGAAGCGUUCAAAAAUUUGACUUUUGGAUUAAUUAAUAUCUUUGACAAACUAAUUGAUGAUAAUUAUUCAACUGAGGUGUUAAAUUCUUCUUAUAGAGCAGAAACUUUGCGGCUUCUAUUAAAAUUUUAUUAUAAUGCUCUGAAAACUAAUGGCACGGAUUUUCUGCAGCAAGUGUGGAAUCAAUAUGUAAAUAAAAAUGAUCAUGCACACAACGUGACAAUGGAUGAUAAUGGUCUUCACCACGAAAAUAUGGCUUCUGAUCUAGUUAAUAACUUUCUGCAAGAAAUAGGCAACGAAGCUGAUCGUUUGGAGGAGAAUAUGCACAAUCACAAGUUCACAGAUGGUUCUAAGAUGCAAGGAUCUCUUGACAUGGUUGUCAAAUUAGAAGAUGAAGAUGAAGAUGGAAAAAAAUAUAGUCUUGAACUGUCUCAAAGUGAAGAAUCACGCCGUCACCAUUCCAACAAAGUAAUGAUGUUGGUUGAUCGUGAUAAUAAUGAAUACGUUCUUAUGCGCCCAAAUGAUUUAUCAAUGUUCUAUGAAGAUGGGAGACUUGUGCACGACUUAAUUUUCAUUAUUGUCGUAGCCUUUUUUAUUGGUUGGAUAUUUAAUAGCCUUGGGUUGCCAGCAUUUUUAGGUUAUAUAGUCGCUGGUUGUGUUCUCGGCCCUGCUGGGUUAAAUAUGACUCAGGAGCUUAUUCAAACCGAAACACUUUCACAAUUUGGCGUUAUUUUUAUCGUAUUCAUGUUAGGAUUGGAAUUUUCGUUAGAUAAGCUUAAGUCAAUAUGGCAAUUUGCUCUAGGUAGUGUUGCUAUGAUUUUCACCUUAAUCCUUAGUAUAUCGGGUUUUAUAGGAUUGAUUAUAGGUGCUAAGACAAAUGAGGCGAUUUUUGUGGGUGCAUGCGUGUCACUUUCAAGUACAGCUAUUGUGAAAAGAUUAAAUUGUACAGAACUUGAAUCAUUACACGGUUUACUUAUAGUGCAAGAUAUUUUAUUUGGGGUAUUGCUGGCUACACUACCCACUUUUUCCAAAACUGAUCUUGAAGUUAUGAUGAUAGCAGGACAUUUGCUAUUGUCAAUGGUAUUAUUUUGCAUAUUUAGCCUUAUAGUUGCAAAUUUACCUAUUUCCUGGAUUUUGAAAACUAUUAAAGGGACCAAUAAACAUGAAUUGUUUCUCCUUGGAUCCAUAUCUUUAUGUCUGAUAAUGUCACAUGUUUCAUUUAUGCUUGGAUUAGGUGUUGAAAUUGGAUGUUUUAUAGCUGGCAUAUUGAUUGGUAACCACAAAUCUAUAGUUGAAUCUUCUAUCACCCUUGUAGAACCCGUCAAAGACAUAUUUUCAUGUCUUUUUUAUUCAAGCAUUGGGCUUCACGUAUAUCCAAGCUUCUUUAUCAAUGAAGGAACAUUGUUAUUUUUUCUAACGAUUUGUGCAAUAGGAUUUAAGUUCGUUGCUUGUAGUGUAACUUUAAUAGUAUUUAGACACACUUUUGAGCGCGCUGCCACAAUGGCUAUUGGGCUGUCUCAAAUAAGCGAAUACGUUUUUAUCCUUGCCAGCCGUGCAAAAAGUCUUGAAAUUAUAUCAAGAGAGGUAUAUUAUGUAAUCUUAGCGAUAACUUCUCUAACUUUAAUAGUUACGCCUAUAUUGUGGAAUAUAAUCUUUAGAGGAAAAAAAGAUAAUCCAAUAGGAGGAUAUCGAUUGUUAGCCAAUGACGCAGACUUCAUAUCACUACCAAUAAAUAAUGUAGAAAAAAUGGAAUAA